AUGACGAUUGUCAGCUGAAUUUUCGUUUUUUUCGCAGUUUCAGGAUGUCUUCCUUGAAAUAGUUUUUUUUCAGAUUCUCAAUCUACCGGGGGUAUUUUCUCCUUUUCUGACGUGGACGCCUUAUCAUAUAAUACCGUCCAGCAGAAAAAAAAGCCAAGAAAACGGGCGAUAAUUACUGUUUGUAACCCCAGUCGACUGGGAAUCGAUUGAUGAACUGAUUUAUCAUAUUGGGUUGGUCUUUUUUGUAUUGGAAUUGUGUUGGAAGUUUUUGAGAAUUUGCUGAAAAAAAGUUUUUUGAUACGUAUUUUGAAGAUUGUUAUCACAACUGUAAACGUUUUAUGAUGUUUAAUUUGAUUAUUUGAUCGACACGCUAGAAAAAAAAUUUUUUUUCCUUGGUAUUAAUAAUUUUUGCUGUGAUAGUUGGGAUUGCCAAUUUCAAACCUGAAAAGUUUGGGACAACCAUUUUCAACUGCUUUUUUGCACGGUCGGUUUUUUAGGUACCUAGAAAACUUUAUUUGAUGAACUUUCUAGCAAAUCCUCAAAGCUGUUUUGUUUGCUCAGAAAUUGCGAGAGUAAUUCUUCUCAAAACUAACAAUUUCCACACCAAAAAUGACCUUUUCUUGCAAUUUUUUCUUGUCGUUUUGUGCUGAGAGAACAGGUGUUUUGCGGCUGUGCGCGGGUUUCUUUCAUUCUCAUCGUUUCGUUUCAAAAAAGGCCGUCUUUUCUUUUUUGUUUUUCGCCGCAUCUGUUCUCAUCGUACGAUAGAUUGCAUCUGUGGUACUUUUCGUCUAUUUUGCGUUGAAAACUUUGGAAAUUAGAUAGUUUGUUUGUUUCAUAAGCUCAAUCCUUCAUAAAAUUCUGUUUUUGAACAGUUUUUCUCACCUCGUUAGAGCUUCAUCCAGCUUAAAAUUAAACCCAUUAAAGGCUAAUUUUUAUCAAUAUUAUGUAUUACAGAGCUAGUACCACCUGUGCGGCUGCUCCUUGAAACUCGAGAAAAUACUGGUCCAGCCCAACGAGAAGCGGUUUGAACUGGAAGAACCAAGAAACGGGGCGAAGAACGGCGUUGCCGCGGCCUACGGAAUGUCGACGAUGACCGACGAAAGAGUCGGCGACUUCCUCCAUCAUCAGGCCCUCGAGCAGAAGAUCUUCAACACUGGCCCGCAGGCUAGCAAGGCCUUGCCUGUUGUAAGUUUCGAGUUAUUUUCAAUCUUCAAGUUGUUUCGUUAUUUUGAACAAUUUUUGACUUCAACGAGGUGUUUUACAGUGUUGGGAUAAUCUUCCAUAAGUUGGAAAGGUUAGAAAUAGGAAAAAACUACGGAUAAGUUGCUUCAAGAAGAUUGGCUACAGAGUUUUUAGGAAGAUGGGAAGUAAUGUUGUAUAUUUUUAUGAAGUUUCCUUUUCCCGGUGUUUUUCUCGAAUCUUUAACGAUUAUGACGGUGUUAUCGAGGUAGAUUAAGUAGGUGAAAAAAAAAAAUGAAAAGUUGAAUGCUUUUUUUUCGAGUAAAAUAAUUUUCUGAUUAGUUUUCAGUGAAUUUAGCAUUAUUCUAAGUUCAGAUUGGAGUUCAUGAGCUUGAUUUUUAUGUAUUUAAAAAUUUUAUACUUUUUCCUGGCUAUGAAUUUCUUCGACGGCUUGUUCCCAAGUUCUCGAUAAAGUUGAAUAGUUUUUUUUUCAAGUUAUAGGUAAUUUCAAGGUUGGUUUUUAACAUUAAUUGUACGUUUCAGACUUAUAUACCCGGACUAAGUCAGUUUUCCUUGUCCAUUUUGAUCUUAAAUAUAAGUUUGGAUAACUUUAAAAACAGAGGUAAAUUCUUAGAAGAAUCCUCAAAAUUCAACAGUUAUUUUUUUUGAGGGUUUUUUGUAGAAUUCUUAGUUCCUUCCUUGAAAAAUCUUAUCACAUUGCGGACUUUUUUCGACCUUUUCCUUCAACAAGCCUUCGCCAGUCACUUCACACACACGAACGCGUCGUUUGUAUAAUAUUGCCCGUCGUCGGACGAAGAUCGUUUAGAGGAGAUAUACGGAUGAAGCCGAGGAGAGGAGGACAAAAAGAAAGAGAAGAAAGAGAAGAAAAUGAAGUGAAAUGGUGUGUUGUGUGUUGGUACUCGCUGGUGUGUGUCCGGCUGGUCGUUCGCAUUCCUUUUUUUCCAUCUCUUCGUCGGUCCUCUCCACUUUUCCAACAGUCUCUCCCCAGCGGUUUUUUCCCUUUGUGACGUCGUGAUCAACCGUAUCAUUUUAUUAUCAUUACUUCUUGAAAGUUGAAUUUGAGACUAUCAGCAGAGCUUCAGACUUUUUCGAGAUCGAAAAACGCACUUUGGGGUCCGUUUUUGAAUUUUUGAAUUUCGAAGUGUUUUGGGAAUCUUUCAGUAGGAGCAUUUUCGGUCUCCGCCCUGUUAGAAGAAAAGGAUUUUAAGGUUUUUUGGAUUUUUGGAGAUAAAGAUAAUUGUUGAAAAGCUUUUUAUGUGUUUUGAGGUCGAUUUCUGAGCUCUGAACUCUAAUAACUAAGUUUCUCUAAUUAUUUUUUUUAGGUUUUUGAACUUGACUUAGCUCGAGCAUGUUUUUGUGAAAAAAAAACCACUUUUCUCAAUUUUUCUAAUGUCUCUGUGAGUUAUCGAUCCCUUAUUUUCUGGUUUCUACACUCUGCUCAACGAUUGGAAAUCAAAUUUAGGAUGAAAAAGAAAAACUUGAAAUUUUUCUCAAAAUAGCGGAACAAGGAUUUCAUUUUUCAAGUUAUUUCCUCCGAAAACUUGAAAAAUUCGUCGAAAAGUAGUUUUUUUUUUCUCAAAUUCUUCGUGUGUUGGUGUAUUCAAGUCCAUCCGUUCGCAUCCUUUUUUAAAGACUCUCCUCCUCUGAUCUCAACUUUUGCAACGAUCUCUCUCCAGCGGCGUUUUCCCCUCUGACGUCCGCCGCCGCCGCUACUAAUGUCCAUUCCUCCGCCUCCCAUCACUCUGUAUGUUUGCUUGGGUUGGUCAUCACAAACCGCUCCGCAUACACUGUCAAAUAUCGAUCGAUUUUUGGUGGUUUUCUUGCCCCCUGCUUUGCUUAUCUUGGCCUCGACAGCACUUGUUGCUUGCCGAGCCAAGAGCAAUGUUGGGUGGACCUUGGGGAUGAAGGAAGUCUUGGGGAGAUUUGCAGUUUAUCAAUCGGUGAAAGAAGAUGGGUUAUAACCUUUGAAAGGGAAAAAGGCUUGAAGUCGAAGAAAAAAUGGUCUAUAAGAUUAUCAAGAUUUGGGUUAUGGAUCAAUGAGGAUUUUCCACAGAGUGACGUGAAUUCAUGAAAGAUCAUUACAAAACAUUCAAAAAACUAUUAAAAAUAACGUACGAACUAAUAAUAAUCUAAUGGAUUCUUCUAAAAUCAAAUAUUACUACUUAGAUCUUCGGAAAAUUGUCGAAAAAUCCCCAAAAAAACGCCCCCAAGAACAAAAACGGCUCAAAAACCUCCACAAGUUUGCUCCACGGAAAGAUUUUUUCAAAAUAACUAUUUCUGCUCAAAUUUGAAGAAAAGUCAUGUGAUCGUCAUCUUUUUUUCUCGAUUGGUGCUGAGCGAUUUCGGUUUCGAACUCUCAAUUGAUUGGAGAAGGGGGGAAGGGCGAAACGUUGUUGGCUUUGGACCUAUUUCCGCCUCGCCUCGGGAGAAAGAAGAAAGAAAAAAAAAAAAAGGGGUCUCUCCUCGUGUAAGCGAUUUGAGAAGGAGGAGAAAUUCCUCGUGCAUUUUUCUCUGGUUCUCUGCCCUUUUUCCACGAAUUUUUGUUUCCUAGCCGUUCUUUUCUUCUCCGGGUGAUGUUUUUCUGAGUUGACAUCGAUUUUUUGUGGACUUUUGGGCAAAAGCUGAGCCGGAUUUGAAGAUUGUGAUGAUUUUAUCAGUUGAGCGUCUUUGAGAAGGUUUAUGAGCCUUUUUUUUCUUUUCUGGACUUGUUUUGUUAGAUUUUUCGGGCGGAUUUUCAACGAAUCCUGUCCGGAGAGGCUUGCUAUAGGGGAUUUUAUGAAUUGUUUUUAAAAUAGUUAUAAGAUCUUCUAAAAUAUAAUUGAAAUAAGAUGGCUUUAUCAUUGGAGCGUACAUCAACACUGUUUUAAGCUUACCAUGGUGAUUUUUGAGCUCUUAUUAACGAAAUCUGGGAAUCGCUACUGGUUUUUGAAGUAAUUUUGUCAAUGGAAUUCUCAAAAUAAUGGAUUAAACGUUUUUUGUUGCAGUGAGUUGUAUAUGUUGAGCUCUUAGAUUUUUGACCACUUUUUUUUGUCAAUGGAGCUCUCUUUGUCUAAGUCUAAGCGUUUCCUAUCCGAGACGGAUUAUCCUGUUCAUCGUCACCUAAUUCGAACACUUCUAUCCUUCCUCUCUUCCAAAGGUCUCGUUUGAAACGGACGGAAUGAUUUGAAAAAGAGAAAUAAGGAAGAAAGAUCUGCCGUCAAGGAAGGAGAUAGGAAAAAGAAAGAAGGUGGUGGUCAUGACGAUUGGGAAUUGGGUUGUUGGAGGUGAAUUGGAUGGGUUGGACGGAACCUUUUUCCAUUCAAGGGUCUGUUAUUUUGAUCUCAAAGUUAAAAUUUAAAAAAAAAAAAAUGUUUUUUUUUAUUCACUCAAUGACGGAAGGUUAGUUAGUUUUACACGCCUUUAACGUUGUUUUUUAAUUUUUCGAAAAGCUAAAAAAUGCCAAUUUAAAUAUUUAUCCGUGGAGCACACAAGUGCGAGAAUUUCAAGCCGUCAGCCAUUUUUCCCUUAAAAAUCUGUACUUCACUCCCAAAACUUUUUCAUCAAUAUAUUUAUAAAUUCCAUUACGUUCAUUUAUUCAUGAGGCCCAAGCGAAGGCCAGGAAUAUAUUGAUUGGGAGGAUUUUCGUGUGUGUGGCGGGCCUCGCCGUCUCGAUUUAAUUGCAUUCUGUGUUUUUUUUUCUUUUUUUCUGAGCGAAGGGGGAAACGCUCUUUCUUUCCGUUUUUGGUGAGUGAUAGCCGUUUUGGAGAGGUGUUGUGGAAAGGUCAUUGCGCAAGAGGAUUUGCAUAUUUUGAGGGGAAUUGAGUUGAUAAGCGGGUUAGAGAUUGGAUUUUCUGUUUGGAACGGUUUCUGGUUGAUUUCAGUGAGGUUGUGUGGAAAAUUACGUUGAAAUUUAAGAAAUAUUGUAUUUUAUAGUUGAAGGCUUUUUUGGGGAGUUUAGUGUAAGAAAAACGAUUCGAUGGUUGUUAAAAAAAAUUAUUUUUUAAAAAGUCUUGGAAAAGAAAUUUCGAUCUUGAAUUGAAGAAUCGAUUUUUGCAUCAAAAGUAAUUUCUGAGCGAUCUCCUUUCUUUUUACGUCGUAUAGAAGCUAUUUCCGAUCGUUUCCAUCAGAUCGGAAUCUCAUUUUUUUUUCCUUUCUUACAACGUUGAAGAGCAAUGUGAGGAGUUUGACUCACCUUGGUACCAGGGAGGCGGUGGUGCUGUUUUUUUCCAAUUCACAUUGACAAAUCGUUGUGCGAGAACUAUUGAUUUUCUCAGAGAAUUGCGGAGAAAAUGUUGAAAAAUACCGGGUGUGAAUAUUGGGGGAACAUGUGAUUCAUCAUUUUUGAGAAAUAUUUUUUUUUAUUUCUUUAAAAUUGAAAUCACGACCCCAGGCUCCUGAGUAUGACUUGAAUGAUAUUCUACACACCUUUUUGAUAGUUUUUCCAAUUUUCGGAUUUUUCAGUUAUCUAGGAACUUGAAAAAUGAUCCUUAUAACGCUUGAUCUUAUAUCUCGUAGAUAUGAGUUUUUGAAGGAUAUUUAAACUCAAAACAGCCAAAUUUUUAAAAUUAUGAACUUCUCAGCUUCGCGUCCUUCUCUUUUUUUUUUUUUGAAAAACUGGAGAUUUCUACAUUUUUGUUUUUGGAUUUUGGAGCCUCCUGGUAUUAAAUUACACCUUUAUUCCCAUCAGAGUCCAAAAUUAUUUUGACCACAAAAAAAACCUUAUGAGAUCUUUCCCAAAAGUUUGAACUUUUCCAAGUUUUUACUGGGUACUCUGUACCCUUAAGCCUCUCCCUUGGACCCAAUCGAAAUCACCAUCAUCAAUCAAUAACGGGCAUGAACAGCACGAGUACACCGGAGCAAGAUAUUGUCGUCGGUCGGACCUUUUUAUCUCUGGUGUGUGUCGACACCAGAGAAAGAGAGGGAAACCCUCUCCAAUCCACCCGCUUUCUCUCAUCUCUCUUUUGGUUUUUGCGUACAGCUUGAGGCGUCAGAAAACUAAUGGGGGGACACGUGUACGGCAACUGUGUGAGUGUGUGUGUGAGAGUUGCUCUCUCUCUAUCUCUAGCCCCCCUUUUUUUUCUCGUCACGAGCACCAGCCAUUUUUUAUUCAUUUUCAGUUCCAUUUGCCUCUCUCUUUCUUUUCUUCUUACCCCCCUUUUUCUUAACGUUCGUCAGAAGUUUUUAGUAGGUUCCAGAUUGUUGAAAUUUUUCACAAUUUGUUCUGAGCGAUCUGGGUAGUUCUUGGCGUUGGUGGGGAGCUUCUGAAGCUCUUUUUGUUGUUUUUAGGUAGUCUUUUGGAGCAUUUCUGCAUACGUGACUUCUUCAGAAGAUUUUUAAACUUUUAGUUCAAUUUUUAGGAGAUUUUGAAAAUUUCUGUAGAGGCUUAUAGUUUUCAGUGGCUCUUUAAAGGCUUUUGGACGAUUUUUUUUUUUUUGAAGCUUUCCGGGUGUUUUCUCUAUUUUUUCACGUAUCCUUGAGCUUUUCUGCGUUUUUUCUCCUUAUUCUAUGGAGUUUUCUUCAAUAAACGUGGAGAUCUUUCAAUUUUAACUUUCACUGUGUCUUUGGAACUUUGAAGUAUUUUUGUUAGAAUUUUUAGGAAGAUUUUCAAAAGAAUCGAACAAAAAUUAUACUAAAAAUCAACGAAACAACAGAAAAUCGAUCACAUGAGUGAUGAUAUUUCCAUUUUUUUUUUGCUUGUCGUGGAGCCACGUUUUCUUUGCCAGUUUUCCAUCUGCAUCUCUGCCCUUUAUUGGUUUCUCUUCUCAUUCAGACCAAAAAUGAGAAAAAAAAGAGAACCUUGUCGGCCCCAUGCUCAUGUAGAUAUUGCGUUUAUCGACGGCGCCUCAUUGUUUAUUUAUAAAUUGAAGGAUUUUUUUUUUCUUUUGGUUCAGUCUGGUCUGGUUUCAGUUACGCAUUGAUUGUGCUUUUGAGAAAAAUGGCGGUUCUAAUUUAUUAUUGUAGCAAUGAAGUCGAGCUCUUAAUACUUCCGGUUUUGAAAGGAUUUAGAAAAAAAGUUGCCCCAAAAUUGGUUUCUUUAGUGCGAUUAUCCUCUUUUUGCAGAUACUUUCCUUUUUUCUCAAGAUUUUCGAGAUCGUUUAAAAAUCUCUGAAAAAAAGAGGAAGUGUGGGUGGAUAAGAUUUUCUUCCGAAAGAGUGGCUUUAAGUGGAAUCUCUGUCUCAUGACGAUUUUUUUUUGGGAGGGACAAUUUUAGGGCUCAGAAAUGCUUCAAAAGAUUCUAGAAUCGGUCAGUUCCAAGUUUCUGAAGAUUAAAAUUGGUAGUCCCAAGUUUCCCGCGCUAAAAAUGGCUGUCCCAAAGUCGAAAAAAGGGGUAGUUUGAAGUUAUAGAUUUUCCUUGUCGACAGUUCUUUUUCAUCAUUUUUUCUCAUUGGUCAUUUCUUAUUUUGAAACGUCUCGCCUAAAAAAAAAAAAAGAAAUCGAUUUUCUAACUCAUAUCGAUUUUUUUGCAGACGCAAAGCGUGAACGGUGGCCAGCCAACGAACGCUGGCGGCGACGGAGGAGGAGGCGGAGCUUCAGAAGGCGCGACGACGUCGCUCGUCACCUCCAACAUGAUGAACAACGUCGGCGGGCAGACGUCGUCGCCGUACGUCGCGACGGCGUCAACGUCGUCGAUGCUCGCGGCGCGACUACCCUCGCCCAACGACGAUCCAGCCGCCUGCUUCCAACCCGUCGGCGACGACAGCAUCGACGGACAGCUGCGAGUCUUCGCCCCGCAGCAAACCUCGCACAUCCCCCCGCCUCAGCGACUGCAGCCUCAGCAGCCGCCGCGACUCCUCCAGUCGCAGAACUACAUGCACAUGAACUCGCCGUCCCAUUACCAGGCCCAACAGCAGUACCUACAGCAGCAGUACCACCAAAUGCAGCAGCAACAACAACAGCAGCAGCAGUACAUCGCCCAGCCCAUGGUCAACGAGUCGAGCAACUUGAGCUCUGCUGGCAGUGUCUCGGAUCGCGAGCCAGAGGCCGGAACUGGAACGCCGCAACGGUGAUUUAGAAUUAUCUGGGAGUUUCAGAAAAUAAUUCACUUUCUAAAUUUUUUAUGUUAAUAGGUCUGCACAGUUUAUCGAAAUUUUGAAGUUUUAAUUUUUUCGAAAAUUUUCACUAAUAAGGAAUUCGGAAACAUUGGAAGAAACAAAUUUCAAGCUUCUGAGAAUCGUUUAAUCGAGUUUUUUGCCUUUUUUGGAAAAUUUCGGAUAACUUAAGAGCCGAUAUAAUGUCUUGCCCUUGUGAAGAACUCUAAAUUUUGAAAUUUUAAGACAGAUUUUCUCAUGAUUUCAGAUUUUUCGAACAAGAAAGUCUUUUUUGGGUCAAUUUCAUCAAAUUUUCUCAAUAUUUGGAAUUUUCCAAAAUUCUAAAGGGAACCAACUUUUGUAUAAUGUGUUUAAAAGCGAUGUUGAAAUAUUUGAACCAGUUACAGUUUUUUUAUAGGACUUUUUAUAAAACAUCACUUAUUGUAAGAAUAAAAUGACUGCGUAGGCGGAUUUCAUGUCACCCCUUUUCAUGUGAUUUUAAUGUAUUUCCAUCAUUUUUUUUUUGUCUUUUUCAUGAUUUUUUCACUGUUCCAGACCGGUGGCGCCACAACAAGCGCCAAAUGAAAAGAAACCGACGGCGAGGAAACGACGACGACUUGUCGAAGACAACGGAGGCAUGGGAACCCCGAAACACGAGAGGAAAAUCACCGAGUUCAUCAAGGUGAUUAUGAGUGGACUAGUAGGGAGCUUAGAGAACGGAAAAUAGGAUCAUCUACUAGUAUUUUUCAGUAUUGGAAGUUUUAUUAACCGAGCAGUAGGAGGUGUCCGGAAAUUAGCUCAAUAAAAAAUUUAUGAAUGAACUUAGGAAAAUUAGGACGAGAUCACUCAUCGAGAAAUGGGAAGAUCUACCAGUAUUUCUCAGUUUUGAACGUUUUGGUGGUAAGGACUGUAGUUCAAUUAGUUUCAGGGAAAGUUAAGGAGUUCUUCAAGAUGAUUAUGAAUAGACUGAAGAAUAGUAGAAAGCUUAGGAAAGUAUCAAGAUCUACUAGUAUUUUUGAGUUGAAAGCGUGUAGAUUUCAUUAACCGUCAUUAUAGUUCAGAGUAGUGUUCGUAUUGUAGUUCAAUAAGUCUCGGGGAAGGUUACGGAGUCCUUCAAGGUGAUUAUGAAUGAACUAGGGAAUAUUAGGAAGCCUAGAGAACAGAAAAUAAGAAGAUCUACCAGCGUUUUUUUAAUUUAAGCGUGUAGAUUUCAUUACCCGUAGUUCAGAGUACUAUGGGGGUUUUUUUUUCGGAUCGUAAAUUUCAAGAAACAUUAGUUGGAUUUGAGUCUAAAGUCGAGAAAAAAAGAAUUAUAUAUAAAGUCCUUAUGUGCUCCUCUGAGAGUUACAGUAUUACUUUAGAAAUAAAGCGAUUUUAAGUGUAGGAAUUUUUCGAAGAUGUCAUCAAAUUCUUUUCGAAAUGAGUCAUUUCUUGUUUGUUUCUGCUGCUUUUUUAUUCGAAUUCCCCAUGACGUGUCUGAGAAAUUGAUUUCAAACUGGAAGUUUUAUGAAAAGUUCAAGGGUUUCUCCCUGGAAAAGAUGGUAGAUGAAGCACUGAAUUUGGAUGUUAACUCGGAAAAGUUGAGGAAUAUAAAAAUAGAAUAAAAAUUUUGGGAGCAGUGUAGAAUUUUGCGAAAACUUUUUGAAGGAUGAAAAUCAGAAAAUGAACUUCUAACGGUAAAAAAUUCCGAAACAUGCGGUUUUUUGGCAGGUUUUGACUGUGGAGUUCAUGAAUAAUCACAAAUUGUCAUGUUUCUCAUCAUUUCCUUUUGUCCAGACCCAAUCAUCGCCGAAACGAUUUUUAACGGCAAACAUGUCGUCCCUAUCAAACGGUGCACCGAAUAAUUAUGGCGAAAUGCAUCCGCCGACUGCCGCCGCUCCCGGCCAACAACAGCAACAGCCACAGUACGGGGAUCUUCAUGCCGUUGGAUCGGUACUGAUUUCUUUUUUUUGUCAAGUAGAAAUGAAGGGAAUUCAACUUUCAUAGGCAAGUAAUGAACUCGAUAAGUCCAGGAGAAAAAGUAGUAUGAAAAAAUCUCUAAGAAUUUUAACCUUUGAUAGGUAGUUUUGACAAUAAUAAAAGCGUUUUUAAGCCUAGGAGUUAGUUUUUUAUUCGGGAAAAAUCGGGUGAAGAUUUUUUUGGCCUUUAUAAAUAGUCUCCUCAUGAUUUUUAGUGAAUUUUAUUAGUUAUUGAUUUUUCUUUUGAAUCAAAAUGGUUUUUUUGAGAUUCUUUAGGUGUCAGAUAAGCUACCGAUUGCUAUUUUUGUGGUUUGGUUUAGAAAAAAAAAUAAUAAUCAAAGUCAUAUCCUUUUGAAGUUUUAGACGUUCUGACGUAGAAAAAAGACCCGGUUUUUGUAUUUUCUUACUUGAAGAGCUUUGCUUCUCAUAGAUUGUAGUUAUUUUGUAGUUUCAGUGCCUGAGAAGUUUCGCAGUUGUAGUGGAGAGAAAAAAAAAAUGAGAAAAGAGAUUAGAUUGAGAAUUUUGAUAGGGCGCCUCAGAAAGUACGGGAUACAAUUUUUUUGUCCUGCAAACAUUUUGAGGUGCAGGUUAUCGAUUAGAAGAAGAAAAAUGAAAUGGUUUUUUCGAAUUUUGAGAGAGAAAGACCGAAUCCAAGAGCUUCUCAUAGAGUUUCUAAAAAGUGUAUUUAAAUGAAAAAAAUUCGGUUUAGAAGUUUUUGAAGGAAAAAAAGUUUCAGUUCAUCUUGAAAAAUUAGAUAAAACGACUUUUUCCCUUUAUUUCUUCAACCAUCAAAGCUAUUGAUUUGGUAGGAAUUUUGAAGAAUUGAAAAAAAUUUUUGCGCUGAAGUCUUUCUUAAUUAAAAAAACCGUUUGAAGUUUCAAAUGAAGCGAGAAUUCGCCUCAAAAAUAAUGACCCAGAAUGGAGAAUUCCUGGGUGUUUUUUAUUUAUUUGUUCUUGUCGCAUUUUUCGUCGUUUUACAGCACUGGGGCGUGACGUCACCAUCACCGUCAGUGAACAGGACGACGCCGACGCCACACACCUAUUCGUCCGACUCCAACAGUAACUCCAACCAAAGUCCUCCGGGCGGCGCUUCGGCCCGAUUCGCCCGCGCCGUCGAUGAGGAAACCCAGACCGAAUCGUCGAUGAGUGUGAGUUUCAGCAAGUAAAUAAAAAGAGGAAGUAUGAUUUUUUUGGCUAUGAAACUGUUGCGGAAAAUGAGCCUUAGAGAAUGAGUUUAUAUUGAGAAUUGGUUUGAAAGAUAAAAAAAAUUAGCCGGAGCUUUCAUGGAGAGGCUGAAAAGGCUGGUGAGAAAAUGAGUCAUCAAAAUUAGGGACUUUUAGAAAAUUAGCCACUGAAAAAUCUAGAAAAUGGCUUCGAGAUUCCUAUUUUUGAUCAGUAGGAGAAUGAUCUAAUGAAGAGUUUUUACAAAAAUGGAAAAAAAUAUAUUAAUUUUUCUUCAGAACUCGACGGUUUCCAACGAAGAAUUGGCAAAACGGGACCGAAUCAUUGACGAUUUCAGAAGGCAACUCGAUGAGGUCCAGGCGAAGGUAUCAUUCUAUUUUCCGAAGAAAAUUAUUCAAGUUCGAAUAAUUUCAGUACGCCAAGGAACGAAGGAAAAAUGAAGCCUCCAAAGAGACGAUAAAAAGAUUAUUGAUCGAUAAGAAUAUCAUUGAGAGGAAGGCUCUUAGAGAGAAGGUAUGAAAAAUGAAAUUUAUUCAAAAGAAAGUAGUUUUUAGACAACUUCGGACACGCCGAGAAUCGGCUGCUUCAAGACCAUGAGACUCGGCGACUCGUUCAGGGAUCAAUGGGUAAAUAUAUUUGAGAUUUUCGGGUUUUUAUGAAGAAAUUUUGGAGCAAAGAUCAAAAAAUACAUUUUUUUUUCAUGAAUUUUAAGUAAUGAAGUUUCGGAAUUUUUAACGAAUUGGUCUGAAAGGUAUUAAAUUUUGGGUUGAAGCAGGAGUUUUUCGUUUAUUUCUCAUAAAGGAGGGUCUUCACGACUCGUUUAGACCUAUAUAUAUGAAGAAAUUUGGUCAUUCUGAUUUUCCUGGUAGAAAUUAGGAUUUUGUAAUUUUUGUGAAUAAAUUUCAAAAAAAACGUCGACAAAACCAGCAGAAAAAGCUAGAGGUCUUGUGCGCUCUAUGGAUAACUUUGAAUUCACUUGGAAUUAAUGACGUCAUGGCGUCCCAUUUUUGUGUCGAGUUCGUCUUGAGCUCUGUUUGUGGAAAGUUAGCCAUGGAGCGCACUUUAGCUUCAAAAAAAAUGUUGCCAGAACUAGCUGAAAAAACAACUAACUAGGGGUCUGGCGCUCUAUGGAUAAUUUUCAAAUCACUUUGAAUUAACUCGGACAUUGGUAACGCGAAACGGACGUGCUCCGGACGUUUCUGAGCGAUUCAACGGAUCACUUAAGAACGUUAAGGCUACUAAAGUGGUCACUAGAAAUGCACCGACACGUCCGUUUCGCGUCCCGUUCGCGUUACCAAGGUCCGAGAAUGUAGGCUUGAAAUUGAGUUUUUGUGUGGAGCCCUGAUCCUGAGAUUUUUCUGUGAAAAGUUAACAAUGGAGCACAUUUUCUAGGUUACCUGGCCUUUUUUUUGUUGGUGAUUAUAUUAUUGAAAAAAAAAUCAUUUUUAACGCAGUUUUGAUCAUUUCAGACCGACGGCUACGCAUUUGAAGAGCUGGAAAAGCGGCAGUUACAAAUUGCGAGUGAAAGAAACGAGAUACAAAAUGCUACGGCGUUGCUCAAGAAGCGCAAGCCGUUGGGAAUCGGGAAAGAAGGAGCGAAAAGGUAGAAUUCCUGAGCGAAAUAGAGAAAAAUUCAUCAUUUUUUCUGUUUCAGAGCAAUGGCCCAGCUGUCGGACUCGUCCGGCAUGCAGCCGUCGACGUCGGCGGCGAAUCCCUCAAGCGACGACGCCAUUUUCAGAAGACCUGAAGAACCCAAGGAGAUCAACUACCAGGAAUAUAUUGAAUUGGUUCGUUUGGGAGUGGAAAAUUUGAACAAAACUCAUCUUUUUCAUGAUAAAAUUGAGUAAGAAUAAGAUUUUUAGUCGAGAAACGUGUCGAAAUUUUUACUUUGUUUUAGAAAUAUGAUCAAAAAAUGAUCAGGACUGUAUAAAAAAAUGGCUAAUUUGAACAUAGGAAAAAAAUAUAAAUCACCCGAAAAUUUGAGAGAAAUAGCUCAUUUUCUUGUAUUUCCGUGAAGAAUUUCAACUAGAAUUUAGUUUUCGGCAUCAAAAAAAUUUCUUCACAACCUGGAAAAAAAUAAUUAUCAGUUUUAUGAUUAGUUAAAUAAUUAGUAAAGUGGUAUUAAUUUCCCAGAUUGAAAUUUAUCAGCAUAAAUGGCUUGAAAUGUCAAUUAAGUGAAAUGAUUGGAUAAUUGGUUGGAAAAGUGCAAAGCACGACUUGUGAACUUCCUUGAUUGUUUCGAAAAACAAAAAAAGAGUAUUUUUUUGUGGGGAAGUUAUUAGAAAAAAACGCUUGGAAAAGGGCUUUCUGAAAAAAAAAAGCUAUUUUUGGGCUCAAAAACGAAUUUUUUUCAGUAAAAUCACGUUUUUUCCUGAUUUUUAAUGUUUUUCUGAUUUUUGAAACUUUGAAAGCUGCGAAAAUAUCCAUUAGAAUGAUUUGAAAUGCCGAUAAAUCGCCUUAAAUCUGAGAUUUGGAGGAGCCAUCUUUCUGGAAAACGCUUUUUUUUUUCAGUUUUUCGUUUAUUUUUCCUCGUGCUCUCCUUUUUUUUGUUGAAGUUUGAGUUAUUUUGAUUGAUUAUUCUAUUUCAAAAAAGUACUGAAAAAAAUGAACACCCAAGGAUAAAAUAACUGUCAAAAUUUGAGUUUUCUCAAUAUCGAUAUUUUCAGGAAGAGAUCUACAAGCUGCGACGUGAGCACCUCAAAAAAGAAGAGCUGGACCUGCAAAUGGAGCGGGAGAAGCUGGAACGGGAGCGUCAACUUCACAUCCGAGAACUGAAACGGAUCGGCAACGAAAUGGCCUCCACCUACAAGGAUCAUUCGCUCUUGAACAAGAGAUACCUGAUGCUCUGCCUGCUCGGAAAAGGAGGAUUUAGGUACACCUUUUGAUCGAUUUUUAGGGAAUUUUGAGGAUUGGAGUUCUGAUUUUCAAAGGAGUAGUAUCAUGAGAAUUGGGGAAAAUUUAGCUUUAGAUUAACUUUCAAAGUCAUGUUUAGACUUGAUAGAAAUUAGAGAUUAGAGCCGAUUUCAAGUAGUUAGACAGUAAAUAUUCUGAAAAGAGGUUUUAAAAUCAGGGUGGGACAUUGGAGAGCUGGAAAUGUGACUUCUGACCUCAAGUAGAUUAUUUUUAUGACCGUCUGGAACCAAAUAAGAUGAUUCUGGAGUCAGGGAGCUUGAUAUUUAUUAAAAAAACAGCUUUAAGAAAGGUUUUUUUGAAUUCUAUGGUUAAGAUAAGGGUAACUCGAAGGAACUCUAAUAGAGCUUUCACUGUUAAAAACUUUGAGCCUAAAAAGUAGGUUGGAUCCCGGUUUUUACAGUUGUUUGAUUGGGCUUUCAAGUAAAUUUUCAAUAAUUUGGUUUUCUUCGGGAUUUUUGAGCCCAAUUUUGGUAAUAUUUGAAUUUACCUGGAGUUCUGGAUAAUUGCCUAACAAGAAGCUUUCAUCUAUCUUUAUCUAUAAUUUUCGAGCUUUCAUCUUUUUUUUCCGCAAUCGGAGCAAUUGGAGAUCAGCUCAAAUCGCCUCUUUUCCUCUCUUUUUUCCACUUUUUCCCGUUCGUUUGCGUUGUUUGCACGACUGAGAGAGGGAUUGGGAAAUGGCUGUUCGAUUGCUGUUCUUUUGGUGGAUGAAAAGAAACUAACUGUUUUUCGAGAGUUUUGCGGGGUUUUUGAUUUAUUUUCUAUCAACUGAAACAAUUUUUGAAGAGGGAAAAUUGAAAAAACUUGGUUUUUUUUUUUGGCUUUGCAAUAACAAAAAAGGAAAAUUGGGAGAAAUUCGACGAAGUUAUAAAAAGUUUAACUAGAAAUCAUAUUUUGAAGUUCAAAAAUCACGAUUUUUCCCACCUUUUUAGCCGAUUUUGAGAGGAAUAUUUAUGGUUUUUAGUUGAUUUUUGAUGAUAUCCCAGUAAAAGGUAGAUUUUUGAACGCUUAAAAAAAUGAGGACUAUAAAAAAGGUGCUUUUUGAUGGAUAUACGUGGGCCGAAGAAUUAAAAACGGCUUAGAAAGAAAAAUUUUAAAUGGUAUUAAAAAUCCAAAAAGAAAAUAUUCCUUCCCCACUUUUUAUGAAGGUAUAUUCCAUUUAUGGACUGGGAAGAAACAUGGAAAUUUCCUAACCAAUCCAUCAACAUUCCACGACUAAUUCGAAAAAAAAAGAAGUGGAACCAGAAAAUUUCAAAGAUCUUCAUAGCGAUAGAUGGUUCUUUGUCGUUGAAAAUCUGAAAAGAAACUUCGAAAAAAAUGAUUUUUUGAACUUCAGAAUGGAGUUAGGGUAACUUGGAAUAGAAAAACCGGUAUCAUUUUUAAAAAAAGAAUAAAUUUCACAUAGGCAAAAAGAGCUUGUAAACAGUUUUCUGGGAAAAAAGACGAUAUACGGUCUUUGUAGGCUAUUUUUACUCUCAGAAACUCUUUUAAGGUUCUUUUGGACUUUAACUCUGAAAGUAACGGUCACAUUCCCACCUUUGUUUGUGGAACUUUACACAGCUCUUUGUUCUUCCCUUUGAGAUUUCUUCUUAAAGUUCCAGACAAAGAAAGAGAUUCCCUAGCUAAUACGAUAACUUUUAAAAAAAAUUCAGAAAAAGAUACAGUGUCAUCUUUUUUUUGAGGCUCUCUUGAACAUGAAAUGAGUGCAAAGUUCUCUUUUUUUAAGAAGAAAAAAUUGUUAUUUUGAUUGGUUUGUUGGUUUCUUUCAGCCUUCUCAUCCAGCUUAGUUUCGUUUGAACCAGAAAAAAAAAUGCGGGAAGGGCCAGAGAAACAGAGUGCCUAUCGAUUUUUAGCAAGCGGUUUUUUUUCUUUUGUGUUGUCUUCGAGGGCAUGAAUUUGCGAUGAGGAGGAUCGUCAUGGGGUGGUUUUAUCGAUUGGACCAGGGACUUGGGAUUUGAAAUUGAAGGAAAUUGAGAGAAAAUAGGAGUUUGGGGCAGGUUUAGAUUCAUAGAUAAGUUAUAAUAAUUUUGAGAGUGAUAAAGAUUUUUGAGAGAUUAAUUGGUUUAAAGAUGUAGGUUGCAUUUACUUGAAGAAAGUUUAGUUGUGUGUCUUUAAAAAAAAUGUCUGUAAAGAGAAUAUACCUAUUUUCCAUCGGUUUUUUUAGAAGAUAAUUUUAUUAUUUACUUGGUUCUAGUCAAUGGAAUUAUUGAUUUAAUUCGAAACAAAGGAAAGUUCUCUUUUUUUCAGUGAGGUCUGGAAGGCGUUCGACAUCGAGGAGAACCGCUACGUCGCCUGCAAGAUCCACCACGUCAACAAGGAUUGGAAAGAGGAGAAAAAAAGGUGAUUUUUUUGGGUAUUUUCAUGAGAAAUUCGAACAGAAAUUAAGAAAAAAAGUUUUAUUAGAUUUAUUUUUUUCAUUUUGAUUCCCAAAAAUUUUCAAGUUCAAAGUUGGCAGGCCCGAAUUUUUUUGAGCUUAAAAGAUGGUAGUCCCAAGUUUUUUAGUUCAAGAAUGGCAGGCCCAAACUUUUUGAGCAAAAAAUAGCAGUCCCAACCUUCAGAAAGGCUGUUCGAAGUUGUGACGAAUUUAUUAUUAGUUUUCAAAUUUUUCAGUCUUUUUUUCUAAAUCUAAGCAUCUAGGCCAACUACGUGAAGCAUGCGAUGCGCGAAAAGGACAUCCACAAAUCGUUGGAUCAUUGCCGGAUCGUCAAGCUCUACGACCUCUUCACCAUCGACAAUCACUCGUUCUGCACUGUUUUGGAGUAUUGUCCCGGCAACGAUCUCGAUUUCUACCUCAAACAGAACAAGCAGAUCAGCGAGAAGGAGGCCAGGAGCAUUAUCAUGCAGGUGAGCAAUAGUUGAUUUAGGGGGUUUCGACAUACCUGGAUAUAACUAAAUUUUUUUCAAUUCCAGGUCGUCUCGGCGUUGGUUUACCUCAACGAAAAGCGUGACCCGAUCAUACACUACGACCUGAAACCGGCCAAUAUCCUGCUGGAGUCUGGCAAUGCGUGUGGCGCUAUUAAGGUGAUUAUUUUGAGCUUUAUCUUAAAGUUUAGGUUUUUCUGUGAUUUUGAAAUGUUCAAGCUGUAUUUUCAUAGGGCUAACCAAUACAGGAAUACUCGAGAUCUAACAAUAUAAUCUUCCAGAUCACCGAUUUCGGCUUGUCGAAGAUCAUGGAAGGUUCCGAAGCCGACCACGACCACGACGGUAUCGAGCUGACGUCACAGUUUGCCGGCACCUAUUGGUACCUGCCGCCGGAGACUUUCGUCGUCCCACCGCCCAAGAUCACCUGCAAAGUUGAUGUCUGGAGCGUCGGAGUGAUCUUCUAUCAGUGUAUCUACGGGAAGAAGGUGAGGGAUAGGAAAUAUGUAUCGAAAAAUAUAGAUAUAAGUGGUGAAAAAUUUUUUCUAGCUCAAAUUUGGAUUGAAUCGAAGUUUGCACAUAGGCAAUGUCGAAAAGGGUUGUGGAAGGACUCUUAGAAAUUUUCCUUUAAGGGCGCCAUUUUAUCGGCUUUUAUGCACCAUUUUUGCUCCUUCUUCCUUUUUCUACCAUUUCUUGGGUCCCAGGAAAAUGGACCUUUUUGCGACCUUUUUUGAGCCUCUCCUUCUUUUUUUUUUCCGAGUAGGGGAAAUGACCGCGGCUUACCGAGAAAAAUCCGUCUUCAUAAAUCUUCCAUUUUAAUGGUCCUGGUUCUGAUACAAUUUUACUGAAAACUGGAAAUUUUCCAUACUUUCAGCACCUUGAAGCUUUCUAGAAUUUCUGAUUCACUUUUUUCAGCCAUUCGGCAAUGAGCUCACGCAGCAGAAGAUCUUGGAGUACAAUACAAUUAUCAACGCGCGUGAGGUCUCAUUCCCGCCAAAGCCACAGGUUUGAAUGAAAAACAAUGAAAAAAUAAACUCCAGGAUUUUUUUUCAGGUCAGCUCCGUGGCCCAGGACUUUAUCCGACGCUGUCUGCAGUACAAGAAGGAAGAUCGGGCCGACGUUUUCGAGCUGGCAAAACAUGAGUUGUUCAGGCCACGUGGCGCUGUGAGUUUUGGAAGGGACUUGGGGAGAACAAUGUUGUGAAAAAAAUUGUUGCGAAAUUUGAAUUAAGAACGAAACUGUUGAAGUAUUGUGCAAAGGCAUAUUUGAAAAAAAACCCAAAUUUUCGCAGUAAACAGAAAAUAAGUUCAAUUCUGAAUUAUCCUUUUUCUAGACCCGCGCCGCGGCCGGCGUCAACUCGCCGAGCAUCCCAAGAAGUCCGUCGAUCAGCAAGGACGACGAGAACCUGUAG